AUGUGCUCGAACAUGCGUACUGCUUGGAUGCAUACGGCCUCAACCCUCGGCCUUGUACAAGGCGUUGCUGCGAUCGCCGUUCUGUUGGGACUCUUGCUUCGUCGGCAAAUGUUUCCUCAGCCAGACCGUGUCAAGCAACUGCGGUUCGUCCACUCCUCCACCGGCAUGGACCCUGCUUCUUCAGCACAGCUCAAACCCAAAGUGUCGAACGACGAGCCAUCACCUGAAUCGUUUACAUCAGUGCUCGGCCGCAUCACUUUCUUGUUUAUGACACCGUUCGUGUGGCGACAAUACUUUCACCCCACAACAUUUGCUUCGAUUCCGCAACUCCCUGCCAAGUUUCGCGCUGCGACCAUCGUAGCACGGGUCCGAUUGGCUACCGGGACCAAGCGCGAGUCGCUUCUUGCCCGUUUGUGGCAUGUGUUGGGACCCAGUAUCACGUAUCAACUGACGCUCUCGUUCCUUCGUGCAUGUUUCCGAGUCGUGCCAAUUGCUUGCUUAUCACAGCUUCUCACAUUCAUGACGCUCCGUGACGAGGCCAAUGCUCACGGCAUGUCGAGGCCGCCGCCAAUGCAUGCGGGCCUUUUUUGGGCCAGCUGUUUAUUUGCUGCUCAACUCACCGAGUUUCUGCUAGACAUUAACGUCAUGCAGCACGGCCGAUCACAGUCUGUCGAGCUGCGUGCAUACCUGUCGACAGAGCUGUUUUCGAAGAUUCUCCGUCGUGUCGUUCAUGGCACACCACUUGCAUCGCCCGCCUCGUCCUCCUCAUCAGAACGUCUGACCGAUGGGCACAUUGCUUCGCUGCUUUCGGUUGACAUGUUCAAAAUCGACUCUUUUCUCGCGUUUCUUCAUCAGCCGCUCGUCGACUACCCUCUCACUAUCAUAUUUUGUUGUAUCUAUCUGUUCCGGCUACUCGGUGUGUCAGCACUUGUGGGCUUGUCGGUUUUGCUGAUUACUGCGCCUCUACAGACACAGCUUUCAAAGCUCAUGGUCCGUUUGCAGGAUCACAUACUCCAGGCCACCGACGCACGACUCGACCUCGUGAAUGAAGUGCUUACAUGUAUCAAGACCGUCAAGUUUUUCGCGUGGGAAACGCCAUUUCUUGAGCGUUUGCGCGCAUCGCGCGCACGAGAGUUAAUCAUGCUGGCUCGUAAUAAUCUCAUGUCUAUCACGUACAAUUUCAUAUUUGUCGGUAUGCCGAUGGUUGUUACAAUGGCUACAUUUGGCACUUAUACCUACGUACUAGGCCAUGCACUGACUCCCAAAGCUGCUUUCACCGCUCUUUCGAUCUUCACGACGCUUCGUAUGCCCCUCUCUGAUUAUCCCGAGAUGAUUGUUUCUGCUCUUGCCGCUGUCGUAUCUGUCCGGCGUAUUGACGGAUUCCUUCGUACUGAAAACACGCACAAGUAUGAUCAGCUCAUGACAAUGAAUGACUCAGCACCCAAUCGUCAUCCAACCUAUCUUGGGUUCCUUGAUGCCUCAUUCGCAUACGAUCCACAUGAUCCUGAAGCGUUUCGUCUCCUGAAUCUGACAUGCCGAUUCCCCGUCGGUCAAUUGAGCAUGGUUCUUGGCCCUGUCGGCUCUGGCAAAUCUUCACUCCUUUUGGCCCUGCUUGGCGAAUUACACAGACUUCAUGGCUCGACUGUGUUGCCGUGUCCAACCGCUCGCAGUAUGACUCUUGCUGACCCAACGACGCUGCUGACAGAAUCGACCGCUUACUGUGGCCAAAAUGCUUGGCUUCUCGGCACCACCGUGCGCGAAAACAUUCUUUUUGGUUCUGCAUACGAUGAGCCACGCUACCGCGAGGUCCUGCGUGCAUGUGCGUUAGAGCCAGAUCUCGAUAUUCUCGAACACCAUGACGAGACAGAGGUGGGUGAGAAAGGCACGUCUUUAUCUGGUGGGCAGAAAGCUCGAAUUGCUCUAGCGCGCGCUUUCUACUCGUAUGCCAAGCACAUCUUGAUUGAUGAUGCGCUUAGCGCAGUCGAUGCUCACACUGGUGAACACUUGCUCCGUCACUGCUUCCAUGGGCCACUCUCGCGGGGCCGCACAAUCGUGCUAGUCACGCAUGCCGUGCCGCUGGUUUUGUCUCACGCUACGUAUGCUGUGAUCUUGGACCACGGCCGCGUGGCUGCACAAGGAACGCCAACUGAUCUUGUGCGUGCUGGUCACAUCAACUCAACGAUUCAGUAUCCAGACGAACAGUCACGUCCUUUGCCGCCCACAGUAUCGGAAGACAAGGGCAUGGAGUCCAAAGUGCACGACGCGAAAUGGAUUGAGGCCAAUGAACGCCGCGCUCGUAAAAAUCAAAAUGCCCGUGCUGAAUCGAUCCAACGUAAAGCACGCGGCAUGGACCUUUAUUUCAUGUAUGCCAGGUCAGUGGCUGUCCAUACGUCCGUGGCUAUUGGUCUAUGGAUGCUGCUCAUGAGCCUGUAUGCAUCCGUACGCAUGGCUGACGUUUUCAGCAAUGCGUGGCUCAAGCAGUGGGCAAAUUCGUACAGUUCAGCAUCUCAGGCAUUGCUAGACCCUGUGUUCCAUGCACUGGACUCUAUGCUUGCUUUUCUGCGCUCCGCCUACGCAGCUCCGACUGACCCGCAUGAGAAAGCGACGCUCUACUACCUGGUGCAUUAUAUUGUGCUCGUUGUCUUUUUCAUUCUCUUGUCCACACUGCGUGAUUGUGUACAGUAUUACAUCGCUUUGCGAGCAUCGCGCUUAUUGUAUGCACGCUUACUUCACGCUCUGCUAUACGCCUCUCCACGCUUCUUUGACAUUACGCCAAUUGGGCGCAUCAUGAACCGGCUAUCUAAGGACGUCGAGACAGUUGACCAAGACAUGACGCCGUCUCUACGAAUGAUGAUCGAAGCUUCCAUUGCAUUAGCCGCAAUCCUUGGUAUUAUCUGCUGGGCCACUCCGAAGUUUUUAUACAUGGCCGGCUUUGUGAUGGUCAUGUAUUAUAUCAUUGGCGCCUUAUACCUAGGCUCAUCCCGGCAACUGAAGCGGAUUGAGAGUAUUGAGCGUUCACCCCUCUUUACCCUUUUGGGUGAAACGCUAGCGGGCACCGUUACAAUCCGCGCUUUUAGCGACGGCGAGCGUGUAAUUCGCCGAUGCAUGCAUGUGCUCGAUCGUACACACCGCGCUUUCCUGUACUUAUGGUACGAGAAUCGCUGGCUUACACUUUGUGUUGAUCUUAUGGGUGCCAUCGUCACUUAUACCACGGCUAUCUUGCUUGUGAUCACUGGUGCCGACGCCGCUCUAACUGGUUUCACGCUCGCCUACGCAGUCCUGAUUGUGCAAACCGUCCUCCGAAUUGUGCGCCGUUAUACCACCACCGAGAUCAACCUUAAUUCCGUCGAACGGAUUCAAGAAUACCUUCACGUCCCAUCAGAACAACAAGGCGGGAAGAAGCCACCUGCUCACUGGCCCACAGAUACAUGUCCAAUUCAAGUCCGUGACCUAUCCGUCCGCUACAGCCCAGAGCUCCCGCUCGUCCUUUCGAACGUGUCGUUUGAUAUCCAGCCCGGUCACAAGGUCGGCAUUGUCGGUCGCACGGGCAGUGGUAAAUCUACCCUAUCCCUUGCCUUCUUCCGCUUCCUCGAAGCCGAGUCUGGUUCCAUCAUCAUCGAUGGCAUCGACAUUUCCUCCAUCUCCCUCGAGUCUCUCCGUCGCCGUCUUACCAUCAUUCCUCAGGACUCUCAGCUUUUCCGCGGCUCUAUCCGAUCCAAUCUCGACCCCUUUGGUCUCACAGAUGACGGCGAUAUGUGGUUCGCUCUACAGCGAUGCCAGCUCGCCGUCCCUGGCUCAUCUCCCAAUGUCCCCGGCGAGGGAAGCGUCAUCAAAUCCCUCGACGACGCCGUAGAGCAGGGCGGCUCUAACUUUAGUGCAGGACAGCGACAGCUCUUGUCUCUUGCUCGUGGCCUGCUCAAAAUGCGCGAGAGCCGGAUCCUGAUCCUGGAUGAAAGCACAGCAAAUUUAGACGCCGAGUCAGAUGCCCUCAUCCAGCGCACUAUUCGCGAGCAAAUGGCACCUGGUGCGACUAUCCUAACAGUUGCACACCGACUCAAGACAAUCAUCGAUUACGACAAAGUGCUUGUUCUUUCGAAUGGGCACGUCGUUGAGUAUGAUGCUCCCGUCAAACUCCUUGACAACGAGCAGAGCACAUUUUAUGCGUUGUGUGAACGCUCAGGCGAACUUCAGCACUUGAAAGCCGCAGCGGCCACCGCCGCUGCAUCCAAAGUUCGACCUGACCCUUGA